AUGGACUUCCACUUAGAUGACUCCCAGGCUAUCAGUCACUCUUCCAAUCUCCACAAUGGCCAUCCCCAGUCCAGCACAAUACUAGAUGAUGUGAGCCUGCCAGUGGAUGAGGACGUCCCCUUUGUUCUGGGAGAUGGCAUUAUAGAGAAGACAGGUGCUGUGGUCAUUGACAUGGGCACAGGGACCUGCAAGUCUGGCUUUGCUGGACAGGCGAAGCCCAUGUCUACUGUGGCCACUGUGCUUGGUCGCUUGCCAGAGAAGGCUUCAACAGCUAGCCAGCCUCAGCUGCCAACCUUCAUCGGUGAGAGCGCAAGAGAGCACCCAGGACUCAGCCUGGUCCAGCCCUUGAGGAAUGGCAUCAUUGUGGACUGGGAGGCAGCAGAGACCCUUUGGCACUACAUUUUCUAUAAUGACCUGGGAGUGUGCCCGGAGGAUCAUGCCCUCCUUCUCUCUGACCCACCAUUCAGCCCCACCACUAACCGGGAAAAAAUGGUGGAGGUGGUGUUCGAAUCUCUCCGCUCUCCGGGCAUGUAUGUGGCCUACCAAUCAGUGCUAUCUGUCUAUGCCCAUGGGCUGGUCAGUGGGCUGGUGGUGGAUUUGGGCCAUGGUGUGACUCACACUGUCCCAGUGUAUCAGGGUUACAACCUGCCCCAUGCCACCGAGCGGAUGGAUCUGGCCGGGGCCCACCUAACAGCCUACCUGGCUGAGAUGCUUCGAAGUGCUGGCUACCCCUUCGGUGAAAGGGACACCUCCCUGGUGGAAACCAUUAAACACCAGUGCUGCUACGUAGCUGCUGACCUCAUGAUGGAGCAGAACCAGCCCACAAAGGAUAGCCGAGAGAACUACCAGCUGCCUGAUGGACGGGUCAUCACCCUCGGCAAAGAGCGUUUCCAGUGCCCUGAGCUGCUCUUUAACCCGCCAGCGAUGCCAGGACUUGUACCCUUGGGAAUCUCGGACAUGGCCAAGGAAAGCCUGGGGAAGGUGCCCAAUGAGGCCCGUGAAGACAUCUCCCGGAAUGUCCUGCUGUGUGGUGGGUCUUCCCUCUUCCCAGGGCUAGAGCAGCGCUUCACCAACGAGCUGCUCCGUGGGGCACCUCCCCAGACCUCCAUGGCUGUGUCUGCCCAGCCCCUGCGGAACUACUCCGUAUGGAUUGGAGGUUCCAUCCUUGCUUCUCUCCGGGCUUUUCAAUCCUGCUGGAUCCAACGGGGCCAGUACGAGGAGCAAGGACCAUACAUUGUCUAUCGGAAGUGUUAUUGA